AUGGCAUAUAAAAUUGUUGUUCUGGCUGGCGACCAUUGUGGUCCUGAGGUGACCAAAGAAGCUAUCAAAAUUUUGAAAGCUGUUUCUGAAGCAAGACCUUCUAUACAAUUCGAUUUCCAGGACCACCUUAUUGGCGGCGCUUCGAUAGACGCUACCGGCUCACCGCUCACCGAUGAGGUCUUAGAUGCUUGUAAAUCCGCCGAUGCAGUAUUCCUCGGUGCCGUCGGUGGUCCGGAAUGGGGUACUGGUACCGUUCGCCCCGAACAAGGCCUUCUCAAACUCCGUAAAGAGCUCGCAACAUUCGGCAACCUUCGUCCUUGCAACUUCGCCGCACCAUCUCUACUUGACAACUCACCCCUAAAACCAGAUAUUGCUCGAGGCGUAGACUUCUGUGUCGUCCGUGAGCUCACCGGUGGUAUUUACUUUGGUGAUCGGAAAGAAGACACAGGUGACGGAUAUGCCUAUGAUAUCGAACCAUACUCCAAAGCAGAGAUUGAGAGAAUCACGAGACUCGCUGGACAUUUGGCCUUACAGCAAACCCCACCAGCACCGGUUUGGUCAUUAGAUAAAGCGAAUGUCCUCGCUACCUCGAGGUUGUGGAGGAAAACAGUUACAGAAGUUAUGGAGAAGGAAUUCCCACAAGUAAAGCUGGGUCAUCAUUUGAUCGAUUCGGCUGCUAUGCUGAUGUUGAAGAACCCGAGAGCGUUGAAUGGAGUCGUUGUCACAAGUAAUCUGUUUGGUGACAUCAUUAGCGAUGAAGCAAGUGUGAUACCUGGAAGCUUGGGGCUUCUGCCGUCAGCCAGUUUGUCGGGUAUUCCGGAAGUCGGGAAGAAUGUUAAUGGUGUAUAUGAGCCGAUCCACGGUUCUGCUCCGGACAUCUCGGGCAAGGGCAUCGUUAACCCCGUUGCCUCUAUCCUAAGUAUUGCCAUGUUGCUAAAAUACUCUCUCAACCUCCACGAAGAAGCCAAGGCAGUCGAAGACGCUGUCAGAACUACCAUCGAGUCUGGUGUCAAGACCGGUGAUAUCGGUGGAAAGAGCAAAACUAGCGAAGUUGGUGAUGCAGUUGUCGCAGAGAUCAAGAAGCUCUUGAGCUAA